CUAGGGACUCCACAGAGACAUAGCACAAGAAAUACAUGCAGCUUUCCCUAUGUGGGAUUCUUAACUCAGAAUGACAGUAGAAGGGCUCAGCAAUGACACUUAACAGGAAAUAAGAGGCCAGCAUGACAUUGGAAUUUGCCUAGGCCAGUCAAAUCAUAUUUAGAUUUAUAAGCCUCCUGGAUGUUAUUUACAUGUAAUUAUAUCAUGCCAAACUACAAACUUAUAUAUUUUAAUAUGAGGGGGAGAGCAGAAAUUAUUCGUUACAUAUUUGCAUAUUUGGACAUAAAGUAUGAAGAUCACAGAAUAGAACAAGCUGACUGGCCUGAAAUCAAAUCAACUCUUCCAUUUGGCAAAAUCCCCAUUUUGGAAAUCGAUGGACUUAAGCUUCACCAGAGCCUAGCAAUAGCAAGAUAUUUGACCAAAAACACAGAUUUGGCUGGAAAAACAGAACUGGAACAAUGUCAAGUUGAUGCUAUUGUGGAUACAUUGGAUGAUUUCAUGUCACGUUUUCCUUGGGCAGAGAAAAAACAAGACAUAAAAAAGCAGACGUUUAAUGAACUACUUACGUACGAUGCACCUCAGCUUCUGCAAGAUUUGGAAGCAUACUUAGGGGAAAGAGAGUGGUUCAUUGGUAACUCUGUAACUUGGGCAGAUUUCUACUGGGAAAUUUGCAGUACUACACUUUUGGUCUUCAAACCUGACUUGUUGGACAUCCAUCGCAGGCUGGUGAUGUUAAGGAAGAAAGUCCAAGCCAUUCCUGCCAUUGCUGACUGGAUACAGAGGAGGCCCCAGACCAGACUCUAGGUGAUGCCUGUUGCCUCCAACUUCCUUGUUCUUCACAGUCAGGCUCCCAUCAGAUAAGAAGCUACAUCCGCCUGCCUGCCUUGGUCCACACACACUCCUUCAACUUUGCCGCUAGCUACUGUCAGCAAAUCACUAUGCAAAUAGGAAGCACAGCAUGACGGAUGACCAAUGUCACUUCUUUCAAAGCCUGACUGAUAGUUCACUGCAAAUGUUUGUUGUUCAUGCACAGACAAUACAGUGUGUAGUGGCAGUGCCUGCUUGUUUCUCAGUGAUAAACACACUUGCCAUUUUACAAAAAUGGAUAUUUGAAAACGGGAACUCACCAACAAAGAUGAAAAUACAAUAAAGAAACGACAAGUGCUAGUGCUGGUGUGAAGUUCAAACUGAACGAAAAGUGGAAAGAGCUGACAAUGGGAGUCUUAACACUGCUGCAGUUCAAAUGGCUCUACAUAUGCAGCCAGAGAACCUGGUGAAGGGAAACUCAGCAACAUCAAUGAGGAAGGUGGCGUGACAAAGACGAAAAUAUCUCAGAGGAAGUGAGACUGGUGUAAAACUUCAUAUUAAAAGAACAGAGAUCAAAAUAAGAAGA